CACGGCGCAGCUGACAGCAAUGAAGCGCAGUUGAGUUAAGUCUGCCGGUAACCGCAAACCUCACGCGAAUCCCGUCAGUUUUGGGGCUUCUAACGGUCCGGUAGCGCGUGUAUUAAACAUAUGCGCUGUCGUGCGCUCAUAUUGACGCGACUGAAGCGCUGUUUUAGUUCACUUCUGUGAAUUCGCGCGUUUUUGCUCUUUUCUAACGGUUUUUUCAGAGCUCGCUCCGGGCUGAAGUGCGUCAGCCGCGGCUAUGAUCACCUCCACCCCGAUGGAGAGCCGCUCCUCCGCCGUGCGCUCCUCCAGGCGGAGCGGCGCGUCUCCGUCCGGCGUCAGCCCGACGCGUCUGACGCGCCUGCAGGAGAAGGAGGACCUGCGGCAGCUCAACGACCGCCUGGCGAACUACAUCGAGCGCGUCCGGCAGCUGGAGAGCGACAAGUCGUCCCUGCAGCUGCUGCUGGAGGAGAAGGAGGAGCACGCGCGCAGGGAGGUCGGGAGCGUGCGCCGCCUGUACGAGACCGAGCUCGCGGACGCGCGCAAGUCUCUGGACGCCACCGCGAACGAGCGCGCAAGGCUUCAGAUCGAGCUGACGCAGCUGCAGGAGGAGCACCGCAGACUCACGGCCAGGAAUAAUAAGAAGGAGAGUGAGCUGACCACGGCUGUGGGACACUGGAGGAAUCUCGAAGCCGUUCUGAACUCGAAGGAAGCAGAUUAUGCCAAUUUACUGGCCACCAACCGCCGGCUGGAGAAUGAGAUUUCUGAGCUCAGGACUCAAGUGGUUAAUCUGGAGUCUGGGCUGCAGAACCUCAAAACCCAGCUGAACUCGGAGAUGCUGCGGCGCGUGGACGCUGAGAACCAGCUCCAGACGUUUCAGGAGCAGCUGGACUUCCAGAAGCAUCUCAGUGAACAGGAGGUGCGUGAGAUGCGCAGUCGUCACGAGAGCCGGCUGGUGGAGCUGGACAGCGGCAGACAGAAGGAGUUCGAGGGGAAACUAGCCGAAGCCCUGAAGCAGCUCCGAGAGGAACAUGAAGCUCAAAUCCAGCAGUACAAAGAGGAGCUGCAGAAAACCUUCGCCGCUAAGCUGGAGAACGCCAAGCAGGCGGCGGUGAAGAACAGCGACUUCGCCUCGUCGACGAGAGAAGAGCUGGCGGGAACUAAACUCCGACUGGAGUCUCAGUCGCUGCAGAUCAACAACCUGCAGAAACAGAAUGCGGUUCUGGAGGCUCGUGUUCAGGAGCUGGAGCAGAUGCUGGCGCGUGAGCGACAGAUGAACCAGCAGCGGCUCUCGCAGAAGGAGCAGGAGAUGGCAGACAUGCGGCAGCAGAUGCAGGAGCAGCUGGAGGAGCACCAGAACCUGCUGGACGUCAAGCUCAUGCUGGACAUGGAGAUCAACGCCUACCGCAAGAUGCUGGAGGGAGAGGAGAAGCGACUGAAUCUGUCUCCGAGUCCGGUCCAGCAGUUGUCGGUCUCUCGCACGAGGAAGCGCAAACACGAGGGCACGAGUUCAGGACUGUCUCCCAGCUACAAGCUCUCCCAGCAUUCCUCCUCGCGCGGGAACCUGUGCAUCGACGAGAUUGACCUGGACGGACGCUUCGUUAAGCUCAAGAACAACUCUGAUCAGGAUCAGUCUCUCGGCGGCUGGGUGUUGAGGAAGAGUGAAGCAGAAGCUCCUGACAUCGUUUUUCAGAUCCCCUCGCCGUGUGUGCUGCACGCCGGACAGACGCUGACGAUCUGGGCCGCGGGGUCAGCGACGGAGCUGGUACCUCGGGGGGAUCUGGUGCUCAGGACCCAUGAGACCUGGGGCNGGAUAACUGACAGCCGUGUGUGUGUGUGUGUGUGUGUGAGACAGGAAACGGCAGAGUUUUGUCUGGUGUGUGUUCAGGGUAAAGCUGACGAGGAUCUGGAGUGUGACGAGAACAUCCCGAGCCGUGAAGUCCACCUGCGCCGACAGGCUCAGAGACACAAUCAGGACGCUAGCUGUGCCGUCAUGUGAGUCUCGACUCAACUUCAGACGCUCGUCUAACCGUUCGCUCGCACUUAUCACAUCUGAUAACUGUUCAGAGCUGAAACUGGAUUUUUUUAUGUGAAUUCUUUGCUGCUGUUUGUUCAAAUAAUAAAGUUUAAAAAACUGCUAGGCUAUAAAUUCAAAU